UUUGUUGUAUCUCUGUUCUACUGAUUUGGAUCUUAAAGUCUUAAUUUUUAAUCGCAAAUCUCCCUUUGAUUUUCAAAUAUUAGUUGCUACCUACCCACCAAUGCAAAUUAAGCUCUUUAUUUUUAGCUCAAACUACUGCAAUUGUGUACUGGAUUCUAUAAAAAGUCUUAUGCUUAUAAUUUGAAAACAUUCAUCUAAAUCUAUGAACCUUGUUUGUCUGGUCUCGAUUGGGUAAUGGAUUGUUAGUGUCCUUAUUAGAGCCGUAGGUAACAUUACUGAUUUUGAAGGGUAUUUGCAACAGGCCAGUCUCGUAGCUGCCAUUCCUCUUUUGUCGUUGAAACAUUCUUCUGAACUUGAUGUAUGCUUUUGGUUGUUUUCAGGUGAAGUCCAACUCGCCACAAGCACUUUCUUCUGCAGUUCAGUGACAUUGGUUGGAUCAGUUGUAAGCAUGGUUGAUAGGAUAGCUGGUUCUUGAUCAGGUUUGUGUCGCUCUAAGCAUGUAUUAGUUUUGUCUUGUAUUAGUUUGGAUCCUAUAUAAGAGGUACCUCCUUCUUCUAAUUCUAUGAUUCGCUUAUAUAUAUAUUUUUGCUACUGAGUUGUGCCGUGUGAUUUGAAUAUUCUUGUCUUCUAAUUCUUAACAUCGUUGAAGCAUACCUUGGAGGUCUUGUUUAUGAGCUUAUAUAAGCUCUUUCCUUCAUCAUUUUGGUAGUCAUGUUUUAUCAACCAAUCAAAGUCUGUUUUUGCUUUUAACGUCGAGUUUGAAUCAAUACAAUUGUUCUUGUGAGUUCUUAAGUGUUUUAAUGAUUGAGAUAGGUUUUUCCGAUGAUUUUGGUUUAAGUACUUAAUAGGUUGCUUUGAUUAGAUUAAUAUUAAUUAUAUGAUUAGUUUAUUUUUGAGUGGGUUGUUCCAUUGGACAUGGUCCGUUUAUCCAAAACGGUGCGGAUUAAUAAGAUGGGCCUGUAAUUGUUUUUUUAAGAAAAAAAAAAAAAAAAACUUCUUCUUCAAAGCGAGACGGACGGGCUAUUUGAGUCGACUCGUAAACGAAACGAGUUGAUUACUGGAUUAGCUUUUUUCGUGAUUAUCGGCUCCGUUGGUCUUCAAAGCGGCGGGCAUAUGUGAAAUCGUGGUGAUGAAUUUGGGGGAUUUGAACAAGGUCUGGGAAGUUAAGGCUCUGAAGAAGAAACCUAGAGCAGAUGAAGCCACGAAGAUUUUGGAGAAGGUAGCGAAUCAAGUUCAACCCAUUAUGACUAGACGAAAAUGGCGUGUCAAGCUUUUCUCUGAAUUCUGCCCAACAAAUGCAAGGCUAUUGGGGGUGAAUGUAAAUAGAGGCGUGCAAGUGAAACUGAGGCUUCGGAGGGUAAACCAUGAUGGAGAUUUUUUAUCGUACCAUGAAGUUCUUGACACCAUGCUCCAUGAGCUUUGCCACAACGCCCAUGGUCCUCACAAUGCAAGUUUCUAUAAGCUUUGGGAUGAACUGCGUAAGGAAUGCGAGGAGUUGAUGUCAAAGGGUAUAACAGGGACAGGGAAAGGAUUUGAUGUUCCUGGUAAACGUUUGGGUGGAUUUUCUCGUCAGCCUCCUCUCUCAUCUCUCCGAGUAACUGCAGCUUCAGCAGCAGAAAAAAGAGUGCGUGCGGGUACGCUUUUACCCUCAGGUCCUCAUCGUCUUGGUGGUGAUAGCAACGUUAUGUCAGAUCUUAGUCCAAUUCAGGCUGCUGCAAUGGCUGCAGAAAGGCGUUUACUUGAUGAUAUUUGGUGUGGUUCCCAAUCCACAGAGGGUUUAGAAGACGAAGAGAAUGAUAGUGAAACAUGUAAGGAACCCAUUUCCGAAAGAGUAGAUUGCACAAGCUCGAAUGCAAAAUCAGUAAAAAGAUGCAGUAGCUGGUCCAAUGCCAGUUUUGGCCCUCAGUGUGGAUUAGAUGUCAUUGAUUUGACAGAAGAAGCUCCUGUAACAAGAUGUACUAAAAGAAGUUGCAGCUCAAGUGAUCAAGGUCCUUCUUUUUCCAAAGAUGAACCGAACUUUGGUUUCAUGAAUUCAUCAGUAACUUUUCCAUCGACAAGCCAUGAUGCAAACCACAACAGAGAAGAACCUUCAAUGUGGGAGUGUGCAGAAUGCACCUUAUUGAACCGGUCAUUGGCUCUAAUAUGUGAGCUAUGCACUGCCCUAAAGCCAAAGGAAAGGGAGAUGAAGCACAAGGUCUGGUCUUGCAAAUUCUGCACGCUCGAGAAUGAGGUGAAGUUAGAGAAAUGUGAGGCUUGUGGUCAGUGGAGAUACUCAUAUGGAGCACCAUUGUCAACAGGUGCUCCUAAUGUUGGCACUUGAGGGAGUCACCAGUCUUCUACAAGGAUCUAAAGUCAAACUCUUAGCCAUUUUUGGUAGUCUAAGUAACAAGAUUCUCCAAGUUCUGUAAACUGUGUCCCAGCUUGGGCUUGUGGCUGUGGUAUGUAUGCAGAGAAGGCGUUUAACUUUAUAAGGUAGAAAGAGUAUUUUGAUUUUGCAAACACUCAAACAAAUUUGAUGAGUAAACGCAAUGAAAAAGGUUUUUCUCUUGGAA